ACAGCAUAGAAAUACAAUAAAUACAAAUUAAUCUUCCACUUAACAUCUAAGUGUGUAUCAGAAGAUAUGACUGGAGUUUUAUGCACAGCAAACUGUCUACACAUUGUGUAUGUAUGCAAAAUAGCUUGUAUGCCAAUCAUAUAUGGAGUGAAACAAAGUUCAGGGGUGCAGAUUGCUUAUCAGUUCCUUUACUUUCUUUGACCUGGACAGUGUGGGCCUUGUAGGAGAGGUGGGUCCCAAACACAAGUAGCUGGUCAUUGCUUUCUAAACAGGAUCAAUUACGGUAUUCAACUACUUUUAUAUUAAAAAAACCUAUUUAUUUCCUUGUUUUGUCAUUGCUAUCCACAUAUAAUCAAUGUUUCUACUGCAUUACUGUAAUGGGAAAUAAGUAUCCAUUUCCUUCUAGCUCACUUAUGGCUCCUUUGCCCCAGAGGAUGCUGGUCAAAGCCAAUCCACUCCCUUCUACCGGAUAGUGCCCAAUGAAGCCCAUCAGUACACUGGGAUUGUUGAGUUACUUCUGCACUUUGAAUGGACGUGGGUUGGGUUGCUCACUGCGGAUAGUGAGAGUGGAGAGAAGUUUAUGGAAAUCCUGCAAACUCUGCUUUUCCAGAGAGGCAUUUGCUUGGCCUUUGCAGAGAGAACUCCAAAAGGCUCAUAUUUUGAAGAGUAUUACAACAUGCUUUCCCAGUGGCUCCAAACCUAUUACAUUAUUGCGGAAAGCAAAGCCAAUGCUGUUGUUGUCUAUGGAGAAGACAAGUCCUUGUUUUUUUUGCAAAUAUGGCUAGUGGCAGGGGGUGCAGAAAACAUGACAUCUAUGGAGAAGGUAUGGAUUAUGACUGCUCAACUGGAUUUCUCAGCAGUGGCCUUUCGAAUGAGCCAAGAUAUGCAACCAUUUCAUGGCUCCAUAUGCUUCACAGUGCACUCAAAUGAGGUGCAAGGAUUCAAGACCCUUCUUUGCUCCCUCAAUCCUUUCAUGGCAGGUGAAGAUGGUUUUCUUCAGCAGUUCUGGCAAGAGACGUUCCAUUGUUUCUUUUCAAAAUCCAGUACUGAUUUCAGUGAACCCUGCACUGGACAGGAGAAGCUGGAGAGCCUCCCCUCGUCUGGCUUUGAGAUGAGCAUGACUGGCCACAGCUACAGCGUCUACAAUGCUGUCUAUGUUGUGGCACAUGCCCUACAUGAUGCCAUGUAUAGAUCCAGGGCAAAAGACAGAGGAAUUGUGAGAAGAUGGAGACCGCAGCUUCAGAAAUUCCAGCCUUGGCAGCUCCACCCAUUUCUUAGGAGUGUCUCAUUUAACAACAGUGCGGGAGAAGAAGUGUCUUUUAGUGAGAACAGGGAAUUAGAAGCUGGAUUCGAUAUUACCAACUUGGUCACUUUCCCAAAUAACUCCUUCAUCAGAAUGAAGGUUGGAUGGAUGAAUUUGGAUGCUCCCCCAGGAAAAGAGUUUUCCAUCAAUGAAGACAAAAUGGUGUGGCACAGGAGUUUUCACCAGGUGCCACCCCUCUCUCAAUGCAACAAAAAUUGCCCUUCUGGUACUAGGAGAAAAAAGAAGGAAGGGGAGAAAUUUUGCUGCUAUGACUGUGCUCCGUGUUCAGAAGGCAAGAUUUCAUACCAGAAAGACAUGAAUGACUGUGUCGGAUGCUCAGAAGAUCACUAUCCAAACAGGAACCGAACACAAUGCAUUCCAAAGUCCAUCAGCUUCUUGACUUUGGAAGAACCGCUUGGGAUGAGCUUAGCUUUUGGCUCCAUAUUCUCCUCUUUGCUGACCAUAUUGUCCCUCGCCAUCUUUAUGAAGCAUCAGGACACACCGAUUCCGACCAGACAGAGUGACCUGCCUUCUCCGACAAAUGGCUUUUGUGAAAGGAUGACUUACUGGGCCACUUUGGAGCUACUCUCUACACACUAUAGAUUCGUACCCAACUACCAGUGUGACAAACAGAAAAACCUGAGGGCCGUCAUUGGGGGACUUGACUUUGAGAUUUCCCUCCACAUGGCAGCCAUCUUAGGUGUCUACAAGAUUCCCCAGCUCACUUAUGGCUCCUUUGCCCCAGAGGAUGCUGGUCAAAGCCAAUCCACUUCCUUCUACCGGAUGGUGCCCAAUGAAGCCCAUCAGUACACUGGGAUUGUUGAGUUACUUCUGCACUUUGGAUGGACGUGA